CGACAGUUGAUGGAAGCACAUUUAACGGCAGUGUUAUGGCGACGCACGGAGGCAGUUUUGAAAGUGUUAACAGCAUCGAAGUCCGAAAAGAAUACAAACGUAAAGCCAGGGAGGAGGUUAUUCAGAAGGCUAAGCAGCAGUAUGAGAAGGAGGAGAAAAGGAAGGAGCUGAAGAGACAGCGAGGAGAGGACACCUGGAUGCUCCCUGAAGUUGACCUCCGACUGCAGCAGCUAGAACAGGAGGUUUCAGGCAAGAAGAAGAAAGAGAAAAAGGCCAAGAAGAUUAAGAAGAAGAAGAGGAAGAAGGAGAAGAAGAGAGCUGAAGGAGGAGAUGGGUCCAGCUCAGAGGGGACAGGAAAUGAGUGGGUUGAGGCCCAGCCCCAGACAGAGGCCUCGGGUAAAGCCUGGAAGAUUCCUGCCAAGCCCACAGACAACAGCCCUACCCCACCCGAGAACAACCAGAGAGAUGAGUGGAUGACUUUUGACUUCUUGACAAUGAGAACAACGUCAACGGCAGAGAAGAGGGCUGAGAAAGAAAGGUUGAAAGAGGAAGAGAAACAGAAGGCCUGGGUCAUCGAGCAGGCUGGUCUGCACAAGCUGGAGUUGAACCCAUUCUGGAAGGACGGGGGGAGUGGCCUGCCCCCAGAAGAGAAGGCCAGUAAUGUGCUUGUAAAAGCUGCAACUGUAGAUGAUGGAGGACUAGGUUGGCUCAGGAAGUCUUACCAGAGGAUGAGAGAGCAGGCAGAGCGAGAGCAACGCAGUCUGGAGGUCAUAGUGGCAGAGCGAUAUGGGUCCAUGGAGAACUUUCAGAAGAGGAUGUAUGAGGCUGAGAUUGCUGUGUAUGGCUACAAGAGAGGAGAGGGGGAAGGAAGAGGGAGAGGAGAGGGGGAAGGAAGAGGGAGAGGAAGAGGGAGAGGAGAGGAAGAGGGGAGAGACCGACAAAGAUGGAGGAGAGGACAGGAAGAUGGAAUGUGGAGGAAAGGAGAAGUGGGGAUGGAUAGAGAGAGGUGGAGGAGACCAGACAAGGGUAGGGACUUACCUGGAGAGAAAGAGAGGGAUGGAGAAAGAGAUAGUGAAAGAGAUGGAGAGAGGGAAAGAGCUCGUCACCGAGACAGAGAUCGGGAUAGGAACAGAGCUAGAGAUGGAGACAGCGAGCGGGAUGGCGGUAGACCUAGUGACAGGGAUAGAGAGAGGGAUGGAGGUAGACCUAGUGACCAGGAAAGAGAGAGAGCUGGAGGCAGAGAGAGGGAUGGAAGUAGACCUAGUGACCGGAAUAGAGAGAGGGCUGGAGGCAGAGAGAGGGACAGAGGCAGAGAGAGGGGUGGGGAUGAGAGCCUUUGCUCUGGGCUUGGCCAGAUUCAUCCUCCCCUGUCCCUCGGAGCUCUGAAAAGUCGCUUCCUCAAGCCUGCUGCUGAUGAUGAUGAUGGAGUGUCAGCCCCUGCUCUGGCCCGAGCUUCCAUGGGUUUCCUGAAACCUGGGUCUGACAAUGAGGAGUUGGAUCGGAAGAGCAGCUGUCCGGCCUGGAGCAAGAGCAGCUCCGGACAGAGAUCUGCUUCAGGAAAUUCGGAGCAGAAUAAAGAGAGGGAGUCUGGGAAAACCAUGUCCACUCCUGACCAGGGUCAUAGCAGCAACAGGCUUGCAGUGACAUCAUCCAGAUCUGACAGCAGUAGUGACAGUUUGAGUGAGGAGGAGGAAGAGGUACCGAUCCUCACAGAUGAAGAGAUGAACAAAUUGGGGGCCAGGCUGGUGAAGGCAGAGAUUAUGGGUAACACGGCUCUGAUGGAGAAACUGAAGACCCAGCUGGAAUCAGCCCGUAAUGCCAAGGAGAAUCGUGCCGCACAGCAACCUGGGAAAUCGGACAGGGCUCCAGGUCAAACAGAGGAGGACCAGGAAGUACUUCUCUUCAGAACAGACCAAUCGGGUCGUGCCUGGCCGGUCAAUGCCUCUUCGGAACCCCAGGAGCCCAGAGGAAGACGUAGGAAAAAGAAGGCGAUUGAGACCCACAGGGAUGGGGAGCGUAUGAGAUACUUCCAGGAUGAUGACAGUGUGGGUCUUCAUGAGAUGGUCCGCAGGGAGAAGAUGAGCUCUGCAGAGGACCAGAACUCCCUGUACGCACGCAUGGCUGGCAAGAUGAUGGGGAAGACAGACGAUGACAACUACACCCUGGAUGACAUGUUUGUUUCCAGCGUGGCUCAGAGAGAGGGCGAGGGGCGGGACGAGGAGAGGAUGAGGAGCAGAGCCAUAGCGGAGCACAGGCGACUGGCCGUUACCAUGGAGAAAUGCCAUCACUGCUUCAGCAACCCCGAGCUCCAGAAACACCUGCUCAUCGCAAUAGGAACCAAGGUGUAUCUGAGCCUGCCUGGGGGUGUGUCUCUGACAGAGGGUCACUGUCUGAUCACUCCACUGCAACACCACUGCUCUGCCACUGGAUUGGAUGAGGACGUGUGGACCGAGAUCCAGGUGUUCCGCAGGGCGCUGGUGCAGAUGUUUGAGUCUCAGGAUCAGGACUGUGUGUUUAUGGAGACCCACAUGAACCCAAAGAGACGCCAGCACAUGGUCCUGGAGUGUAUCCCUCUACCCAGAGAACUGGGAGACAUGGCUCCUAUCUACUUUAAGAAAGCCAUCAUGGAAUGUGAUGAGGAGUGGGCAAUGAAUAAGAAGGUAGUGGAUCUCUCCUCCAAAGACAUCCGCCACGCUGUGCCGCGGGGUCUGCCAUAUUUCUCAGUAGACUUUGGUCUUCAGGGGGGCUUUGCUCACGUCAUUGAAAACGAACACAAGUUCCCCCACUACUUUGGCAAGGAGAUUGUUGGGGGGAUGUUGGACGUGGAGCCGAGGAUAUGGAGGAAGUCCAUCAGAGAGAACUUUGACGACCAGCGGAAGAAAGUCCUUGAGUUCUCCCAGUGGUGGAAACCCUUCGACUGCACCAAGACGGACAGCUGAACCAACCAACCAACACAUCUCAAUAAACCCCUAGCCCCUGAAAAUAUACAGUAGAUGUAACUGCAAGCCAUAUGGCGUUAGCCCCCUUCUGCGUUAGCCCCUUGUCUUCUGAGACUAUGACUCUGUCUGCUUUAUAAUCCUCUGAUCCUGUCAACACAUUGUUUUACUCUGAGAUUAUUCUGAUUAAAUACGGGCAGAAGGCCAUAAAAUAACUAUUUUAAAAGCUGAUGUAUAAUUGUUGUGUAUGUUGGGAUACGUUGUUUACUAUCUUAAAAAUAAAUGAAUAUGAUGCUU